AUGGCGAAUCUCUCCCUUCAAUCGACUUAUAAGCUGAAAUCCGGAUAUGAAAUCCCGGUGCUUGGAUUCGGUGUCUAUCAAACCCCCCUUGAUGUCACAGAGAAUGUGACGGUCAAAGCCCUUGAGCUAGGAUACCGCCAUAUCGACUGUGCCAAGGUCUAUGAGAAUGAAAAGGAAAGCGCCGCAGCAAUUCGCAUCUCGGGGCUUGACCGAUCAAAAGUUUUCUAUACCAGCAAGGUCCCCCGAACCUGCAUGGGCUAUGAGAAGGCCAAGCAGGCCAUUGCAGAGAGUCUCGCAGCUGUGGAUAUCGGUUACAUCGAUCUUAUGCUAGUUCACGCGCCUCAUGGAGGCACAGAGGCCCGAUUGGGAACGUGGCGGGCUAUGGUGGAAGCACAGCAGGCGGGUAAGAUUCGAUCGCUGGGUGUGUCCAACUUUGGUAUCCAUCACUUGGAAGAACUAGAGGCCUAUAUCAAGGGUGGCGCUGGUGGAGAGAUCUCUGUUGGCCAAUAUGAGAUUCAUCCUUGGUGUCCGCGCGAGGAUAUCGCUGAGUGGCUGAAAGAGCGAAACGUUGUUGUUGAGGCAUACUCGCCACUUGUGCAGGCAACUCGCAUGAAGGAGAGCGUCUUGCAAGAGCUAUCUCAGAAGCAUGGCAAGACUCCUGCCCAGAUUUUACUUCGUUGGAGCUUGCAGAAGGGCUAUGUGCCCCUGCCUAAGUCAGUCACCGAUUCACGUAUUCAGGAGAACGCGGAGGUGUUUGAUUUCGCUCUUUCGGAUGAGGAUAUGGCUAGUCUGAAGCUAGACUCGUAUGCACCUGUUUGCUGGGACCCAGUGCGCGAGAUUAAGCUGUAG